GCUCGCCGGCAAGGCGUCGCGCCAAUGGCGCCCACCGCGAAGCAAGAGAUCGAGAAGCUUAAGACGGCCAUCAAGGCCAAGCGACAGGCGCUGGACGACGGCGGAAUGGCCGCGCAUCAGGCGCCGGCGAUGGGUAAGGUCGCCCUCAAGUGCCGCAAGGUGCUCAAGGGCCACUUUGCCAAGAUUUAUGCGCUGCACUGGGCGCCGACGACAGAGGGCGAGCGGCGGCGCCACCUGGUCUCGGCGUCGCAGGACGGGAAGCUCAUCGUGUGGAACGGGUUGACGGCUAACAAGGUGCACGCGAUCCCGCUGCGCUCCUCGUGGGUCAUGACCUGCGCCUUCUCCCCUUCGGGGGGUCGGAUCGCCUGCGGCGGCCUCGACAACACGUGCUCGAUCUACAACGUCGCGGCGACGAGCAAAGACCAGCCCAUCAAGGUGCAGCGCGAGCUGGCGGGGCACACUGGCUACCUCUCCUGCUGUCGCUUCCUCGACGAGACCACCGUCGUCACCGCCUCGGGAGACAUGACGUGCAUGCGGUGGGAUGUCGAGACGGGGCAGCAGCAGCAGCAGUACGUCGACCACCAAGGCGACGUCAUGUCGAUCUCAAUCGCGCCGCGCCAGGCGAGGCUCUUCGUCUCUGGCGCAUGCGACGCCACAGCAAAGCUCUGGGACGUCGCCACGCCAGGCCCCGUGAUGACCUUCUCGGGGCACGAGUCGGACAUCAACGCCGUCGACUUCUUCCCGGCGGGCAACGUCUUUGGCACCGGCUCGGAUGACGCCUCGUGCCGGCUGUACGACCUGCGAGCGUACCGCGAGCUGAUGACGUACACGCACGACAAGAUCCUAUGCGGCAUCACCUCGGUCGCCUUCUCCUACUCUGGCCGCUUCCUCUUCGCCGGAUACGACGACUUCAACUGCUAUGUGUGGGACACCCUGACCGGCAAGCAGAUCGGCGUGCUCGCCGGGCACGACAACCGCGUAUCCUGCCUCGGCGUCUCGUCCGACGGCCAGGCCCUCUGCACUGGCUCAUGGGACUCGACCCUCAAGGUCUGGGCCUAGGGGCGCCCGCAGGCCCGCUCGCUGUUUUUAUUGGGGCGCGUGCAACCAUGCACUCGAUCCUGCGGCCCGUUCGGUCGCGCUCGCGGACGUACGCGAGCCGUGUCACAGAGAAAUUUGGGGCCGCGCCCAUCGCACACAUGUACAUGCUUAUGUGUGUUAAGUCCACCCCUGGAGAGUGUCCCCCAGCCUCUGCCAGAUUAGCAUUACACGGCUC